AGUUUACAAAAAAAAAGAGCAUGCCACUGUUGGGCGGGUAUCCCCAAAGAAACGUAGCUGAGGACGGCCCAAGUUGAUAUAAAGGCCUUCGUCUUUUGCAAAGUCCAACCAUUCGUGCUUCUUCUCUCUUUGUGUGCAAACCGGCGCAUGUUUCCGACUAUCUACGCCGAAAACAUAUUCGGAAAAAAGGUUUCAAAAACUGUUGGCGUGGAUGCCACCGUCUGCCAUGUUCCGCUCAACGUUCAUCGUCGCUCUUUUGAUCGUGUCCGUCUUUUGUGCCGAGGAACACGUUACACAAGAGCCAAUCGAGGAUCAAGAAGCAGUGGAAUCCAAAAGGUCAACCCAUUCUCAAAAACUGGAACAAGGGAGAACGAGAGGCGAGUACAGGAUAUUUUUACCUGAUAAUCGAUGGCAAAUCGUGUCUUACGUUGCCGACGAUGACGGUUACAGAGCGACAGUGCGUUACGAAAAUGGACCCCAUGACAUCCUACGGGAAGAACAAUCUCAUUGGGGAUUUACAACUGGAUCUUCAUUUCCUAAUGAUGAAGCGGCUCGCAUUGAUCCUUUAGUUUACAACCCCAUUACUCCACCUCGGAUUCCGCAUCGAUUUAAUCCGCAUAACUCUGAAGAUCCUCGUUAUGAGAAACCACCAUAUCAGCCGCAACUUAAACCGCCUAAUCGUCCACCUUAUCCAGGUGUGUUGACGAGCCAGGUGAAUACGUUUAUCAUCCACCCUACCCCGACACAAAGACCUGACGACGGGCGUAAACAACCUCAUUUUGAGGGUGGAUUAGAGCCGAAAGAAAAUGUUGAACGAACUCCUCCGCAACUUUCGAAAGAUGUGGCUUCUUCAUCUCCCUCUUCUCCACCUCCGGUUUAUAUACCACGACCGUAUGCGACGGGCCAACCAAGGCCAACUACACCACCUCCGGUUUAUACUGCCCCACGUCCUGAGAAAUUCCCAGACACUCCAGUUUACAUACCAAAGGCAAAACCGCCAAAGAUCGAGAUCAAGGACAGCAUAAUCUACGAUCCAAACGAGUACCAUCCCUUCUUUCAACCUAUAGAGAAACCGAAAAUUCUCACUGUCCAGCCGAUUCGUCCAUUCCAUCUACCUGACCAGUUCUACGAAACUCGUUUCAAACAACAGCAAUCACUUGUUACGAACUUGGAACGGCCCGUCCCUCCGACGCAAAAUCAACAACGUCCUCAAGAACCCAGCCAACAUCGUCCACCAGUGCCCCCAAAGAAAGACGAAGAACGACCCAAACAAGAAACAAAACGUCCUUACCUGGAUAAACCAGUUAGUAAUGAAUGGACACCGCUGUAUCGACCGUACGAACCGAAACCGAAUACUGAAGAUUUUGUUCCAUCUUAUCCAGUAAAACCAACCGAAUCGUACGUACCAAAAGAACGACUUCCUUUCAAGGCAUCUGUACCUUACCCAAUUGAAACGGAUGUCGAACAACCUUACGAACGUCCUGCUUUCUAUCCUGACACACCUGCGCAAAGCUUCAGACCGCAACAAAGACCUGCGAUUGAAGCUGCGACUUCGUAUCCUGAUAAACCGGUUGAACAGAAAUAUCCUGAAAAGGCCGUUGAACCGCAAGCAAAGCCCACGAUUAAACCUUCGUAUUCGGAGAAACCAGCAGAGACGUAUGAAGCUGAAAAGAAACCUGAAUAUGGUACCCUGCCACCUUAUCCAGCUGAACCCACCCAACCAUACCAGCCUGACAAGAAACCUGUUUAUGAACCUAAUCUGGACAAGCCGAGUGUACCGUAUGACCAAAAACAGAAGCCCGGAUAUGAACCUACUGUUCCUAACGACGAAAAACUGUAUGAGCCGGUGACUGCUCAUCCUAGCAAACCCUAUGAACCUUAUCCGGACAAAGAGGAUAUACCGUACGAACCGCAAGCGGAAUAUGUACGUCCUGGCAAACAGGAAUAUGAGCGGCCUGAAAAGCAAGAAUAUGAGCGUCCUGCUGAGCCGGAAUACAAACGCCCUGAAAAACCGGAAUAUAAACCUGCACCGUCUUACGGAGAGAAACCAUACGAACCUGUCACAGCCUAUCCAGGCAAAGAGGAUACACCUUAUGAACCGCAAGCAGAAUAUGAACGUCCCGGAAAACAGGAAUAUGAGCGGCCUGAAAAACCAGAAUAUGAGCGGCCUGAAAAGCCGGAAUAUGAACGGCCUCAAAAACCGGAAUAUGAGCGGCCUCAAAAACCGGAAUACGAGCGGCCUCAAAAACCAGAAUAUGAGCGUCCGGAAAAACCGGAAUACGAACGGCCUGAAAAACCAGAAUACGAGCGGCCUGAAAAGCCGGAAUAUAAGCGCCCUGAAAAAUCAGAGUAUAAACCGGCUUUUUAUGGCGACAAUCCAUAUGAACCUGUCACUGCUUAUCCAAACAAACCAACUGAACCUGUGGCUGCCUAUCCGGACAAACCUGAAACACCGUAUAAAUUCCAACCUGAAUACGAACGCCCAGAAAAACCAGAGUACCAACCUGCUCCUUACGUCGAUCAAUCAUACGAACUUGUCACUGUUUAUCCGGACACCCCGUAUGAACCCCAAGCUGAGACUGCUCCUCCUUACGACGCCAACGAUUAUAAAAUAUCUUCUUACCCGGAUAAACCAGUCGAAACAUACGAACCGGAAAAUAAACCCGAACAUGUUACCGAGCCUCUAUAUCCCGAGUAUCCAGUGCAACAAUCACCACCUCCACAGGGCGAAGAGUACCGACCCCAAUAUCAACCAGAACGUCCAUUCAUUGAUCAUCCAACUGAUGAAGUCCGUCAUCCGUAUCGGCCGUACGCACCACGACCAUUGCAACCCGUCCGUCCGAUAUACAAACGACCACCUGUGAACUACCGUCGACCCCCGUAUAAAAGACCUUACGGUGUUCCACAUACUGGCUAUCCACCUGGAACAUCAACCUCUGGAGUCACGUCAAUCCGACCAAUUCUCAAUCCAAAGAAUCAAACUUUACUCACCGUCGAUUUAGACUAUUCUCUAGAAGGUGAAGCUCCAACAGAACCUCCAGAGUUCGAACCAGAAGGAUAUGUAGUUCCAUCCACUUCAACAAGGAAACCUGAACCACCUAGAAAAGCAUAUCAACCGAUAUUUAGAAAGCCAUUCAGAGAUAGCCCUGUCCGUCCUAAAGUAACACGUCCAUCCAGCACUCGAGCUCCAGAAAAGGUCACAGAGAAACCAUCAAGCAAUGAAGAAUCUCCAUUAUUAGCUAAAUAUAAAUUCAAAGGCUCAUCGAAAUCAGAUGAUGGAUAUGGCCAGAGGACACAACCAAGAAGAAAACAAUCAUCCAAACAAACAAGUGAUUUAAAAAUAAUAACAUCACCGGUAGAAGAUGCGGGUGAAUCCGUCGGAUACAACAGUCAAAGUGUUGAGAACGAUCAUACGUAUUUAAUCACUGCCAAUCCCGAUCAAGAUCAGAUAUCCGAACUUGAUAGCUUCCUACCUAUUGAAGAAGAUUUCUAUUCAAGUAACUCAUCUGAUUCAGACGUCCUUUACUUCGAUGACGGUAUGAUUCCUCCCUUACUGUUACGUGUACGUGAUAAGGUUACUUCGACUACAGCAGCAGACGACGUUCCCAUCUACGUAGUUACAGAAUCGAUAGCUGAAAUUGUACCAACAACAACUACACAAGUUCCAUACGUUACGUCUACUGUAAUUCCAUUAACAACGAUAGCACCUACAACGACAACUACGAAAACAACAACAUCGACUGUAACACCAUCAACGAAAGCGGGCAAGAAGAAGAAGAAGAAGCGAGUUCGAACUAAGGGAUUGAAACGUGGCAAUGGAACCGGAACUAUAAUGCCUGCCAGCAAAAAAAGCGUCUCGGUCAUCGUGAAAGACGAAAUCGUACCGACGGCCAAUGUUACGCUACCCAGGACGUCGCCACGAAUUCGAUUCCCACCCAGGGUACGAUUCGUUCAGAAAACGGCUGAACGCGUUACCCGACAAAAUGAAAAGGACGGCGAUUUAGUAGCCUCUGAAACGGCUCACCAAUCGGUCGUGAGUCGUGAUUAUGUGGAGAGUGAUAUGAUUGAAAAUCACGCGAUGACAAAAGAAGAUUUGAUGGAAUGGAGUCUGAACGCUAUACCAAUCGAACGAUUAGAUCUCGUGUACGAUUCGAUCGAAUUGGAAGAUAAUCCAGCGGAAUGAGAACACACAGCAGGGAGUAUUUGCUUCACUUUAGCUAACAAAAGAGAAUGAUGAGAAAAUUGCAAUUUUGCUAGUGAAAUCACCGCUUGAGAAACAAAAAGGAAAAACUGUAGCCAUUUAACUGUGUGAAUGUGUCUUUUCUCCUAUUUUUACUACUCUUCCUUUCAGGUUGAAAGCAUCGAAAGAAAGUAUAGACGCGUCCUAUUUUUUUCAAAAAGAAAAUUUGGGUUGUAAAAAAAAAGAAAAAAUUCUGCAGUUUUCACUUACGCCUUUCAUCGCUUUUUAUCAUCGAAGGCGUAUUCACGUAAGGCUUGAUCUAAGCCUAAUCAUCCGUUUUCUAAUCGUCAAUCAAACGUGAUUAUUACUCAAAUUUUAAAACAGAUUUUUACGUAUAUAUAUAUAUUGCUUGGUCCAGAUAUUAAUACACGGUUUU